UUUGGAUAGUGACUCUUUCAUAAAGAACAUUGAUCAAUGCUGGCAAAAUCAUUGCAGGCAAAUGAUCAUGAUCAGGAACAUUUUUCUGUUCCUAGAUAGAACUUAUGUUUUUCGGAAUCCAGAGUUACAUUCUAUUUGGGACAUGGGGAUCCAAUUAUUUAAAUCACACAUAAUGUGUGAUCAGAACAUUCAGAGCAAGACUAUACACGGGACUCUUCUGUUGAUUGAAAAAGAAAGAAAUGGCGAGGCGGUUGAUCGAUGUUUGAUUCAAAGACUUUUAAAUAUGCUUUCUGAUUUGGAACGACCUGAUCUGAAGAAGCAAAAACAUCCUUAACUGACAGAGACUACAUUGAAAAAUACAAGGAGAACCCAAACCAGCUGAAGUAUAUUGCAUAAAAUACUGGCCUUAACCUGAACAGAAGGUCCUCAUGGUUCUGUCCUUGGAAUAAGCAUUGGUGUCUGAAUAAAUGCAAUAUAUUAAAAAUAUAAAUGCAGAAUUAAAAUUUGCAUCAACAUUAUCAGUUAAA